UUAUAAUUAAUAUAUUGCUAGAAAUAAGAGUAUGUAUUAAAGACUAAUAGAAACUUAAAAAUCGUUUAAAAAUAAAGAAUGAAAAAUUUUGGAAUUUUGCUAACAAGUAUUUUGUUUUUAGUUUUUAUAAAGGCAUAAAACACUUAUAUAGAAUUUUUACUUUGCUAUAAUAUGUCAUGUUAUUAAUUUGAGCAAAAUUGUGUAAAAGAUCCUGUUUGCUCAAUAUUAUGGAAUUAAUUUUAAAAAUGUUAAAAAAGAUCUAGAUAUAAUUAUCAAAGCAUAUAAUGUAUGGAUUUGUAUAUUUAGAGUUAUAAAAACACUAAUACUGGUUAUUUAAUUGAAAGUUUACACGGAUGUUACAAUGAUUGCAAUGGGGCAAACUUGUUUGUUUGUAAUUCUGAAAUUGAAAAUUUUGAGAAUUGUUAAUCUUCAGCAAGUUGUUAUGAAUAAUAAUUGGCUGAAUUUGAGAAAGAUAUGUAAGAAUGCAUAAUAGCUGAUAAAGAUUUGUGUAAACAUUAUUAAAAUGCCAAUUAGUGUCACAUAUUUAAAUCCUAUAGAUGCAUAUAAUAAAAAUCCUACAUAUCACCUGUGGUUUAAUAUUAUGCUGGUUGUAGAUUGAAUUCAAAUUUUUCUAUGCUUCUUGCUGCUAAAGCUAUUUUAAUAUUAGUAAUUACUCUAUUUGUUAUGUGA